UUGAUCGAUCGGUCGGAUGAACGAACGGACGGACGGUCGGUCGGUCGGUCAGUCAGUUGGUCAAUCAGUCAAUUAAUCGAUCGAUUACUCGAUCGGUUGCUCGAUAAAUUUUGCAAACGAUUUCAUUAGCGUCGUAGUGAAAAAUAAUUAAUGUAUUUUCAUGUCUUCCCUCUUAACGCUAUCAUCGAUGUUAUUAAACGAUAUCAAUCCAUGGCCUGGGUCAGAUACUACAAUUUUGACUCGUCAUUCUUGUUCCUGUUCUAUCCGUACGAACAGUGUAUCUUUCUCCGACAUUACUUCUUUCUCCGGCGGAGGGUUUGCUCACUCGGUGCUAUGUCUACGUACUCCCGUACUCAGGAGAGCGACGCGUGGGCCCUUCUGGCACUGAAGUCGGCACCGGCCAGUCCGACGAAGAUGCAGUGGAACCCGGAGGCAAAGGGUGCACCGAUUGCACGACUGGAGGGUCGCGAGUUCGAAUACAUGGUUAGACAGCGACGUAUCACUAUCGGACGUAACAGCAGCAGGGGUGAGGUCGACGUCAACAUGGGCCACUCCAGCUUUAUCUCGCGACGGCACCUUGAAAUAUUUUAUGAUCACCCCUUUUUCUUCAUGAUUUGCAACGGUAAAAAUGGUGUAUUCGUUGACGGAGUCUUUCAACGAAAGGGCGCGCCUGCCUUUCAAUUACCAAAGACAUGCACAUUCAGAUUUCCAAGUACAAAUAUCAGGCUCGUAUUUCAGUCAUUAGUGGACGAACAGGAGCAGAACAAUGUACGCGUACCUUCUCCACCAAAACACAGAGCACCGUUGCCACCUUUACGUAUCAAUAUUCCGGAUACAGGAUAUAGCAGUCCGUUUCCUUCUCCCACUGGAACUAUCAGUGCUGCUAAUUCGUGUCCUGCUAGUCCACGAGCAGGACAGGGAAGAAGAAACAUAUCUGCGGACCUUCAAAUGGUGGCAGUGUACGCAGCUGCUGUUGCCAAUGAUCCUCAAAAUUCAAAUUUGGAAAGACACGAGGGUGGACAGAGUUCUAGCAGACAGAUAAGCCCUGAGCUAAGCGUGGACUCUAGAUACAGAGGUGGAAGUAGUGCAGGACCGAACGGUACUGCAGCAAAUUGUAGUCCGCCAAAGGACGAUUCAAAACCGCCGUAUUCGUACGCGCAGCUGAUCGUUCAGGCCAUAGCGUCCGCGGCGGAUAAACAGCUCACGUUGUCCGGGAUUUAUUCGUACAUUACGAAGAAUUACCCGUAUUAUAGAACGGCGGAUAAAGGGUGGCAAAAUUCCAUAAGGCAUAAUCUUUCGUUGAAUCGUUAUUUCAUUAAAGUACCGAGAAGUCAAGAGGAACCAGGGAAGGGUUCAUUUUGGCGAAUCGAUCCUCAGUCCGAAGCGAAACUGAUAGAACAGGCAUUUAGGAGAAGAAGGCAACGUGGCGUGCCAUGUUUUCGAGCUCCUUUCGGACUCUCGUCACGGAGUGCACCCGCUUCACCGUCUCACGUAGGAAUCAGCGGGUUGAUGACACCAGAAUGUCUUAGUAGAGAAACAUCGCCAGGCCCAGAAUCUUAUCCGGACAGUUCUGUACCCUCUCCGGCUGGUCAAUUGACUAGUCAAUCCGCACCAGGAUCACCCGGUCAUCCGUACGCGCCCUCGAGCCAGUCGUCUCAUAAGGGUCGUCUGAUGCAACAGAUUACCGUUGUCACGAACGGUGUUACGAGUGAUUCAGCUAGAGAAGAUAAGUAUGUCGUAUCCGGAAAUGCUGCAGAAGAACAUUCUCUUUCCCCGGCCGGUCAGUACAGUCCGGCUCCUGUUAUUGUACAAACGACGUAUAACUACAGCGGAAGUUUUAUUGGUCCCGACGCAGGCGUCGGAGUUUCAAAGCGUCCGCACGAGGAAUCGGAUAGUUCACCAGGUUCACCGGCACCGCUUGCAAUCGUCGAAAGUCCCGAGCCAUCCGAACACCAACAACCACAGACGAAACGUCAACGCGUUCACGAUAUGGACGAUCAUUGAAUCGUUGUCCUAUGGCAUCGUUACGUAGGACAUUUGUUACAUUGCGCUAAUUCGUUCAUUGACAAAUAUAUCUGCACGCGCGUGUACCCCCUCAUACCUGUUCGUGUGUACGCCCGGUAAACGGAUACACGCUUUAAUAUCCGAUAUGUCGAAUCCAUGCCCAUAAUCCAUAUCACGUCUUGAUAUCCACCUACAUAAAACCCUCAUGUUUGUACGCGCGCGUACAAAUACGUACUACAUGUACACGUUACACCCAAUGCUGUACUAUCAUUCAUUUUAUUACAUAAUGAUUAGUUUAGUCCGCGUAUGGAUAAAUACUCGACCCAAUUCAUUGUUUUACGCAACAAGUGGGAACAUUUUCAUGCGAGGAAAGUGAGAAGACAAUGUAUUAUUCCCAUGUACCGUGUUCUGACUUGUAUCGACAUUCAGUUUCUCGUAUCCGUUAUCUUUUAUUUUUUUCUUUUUUUUUCUUUUCUUUCUUUUUUCCUCUCUCUCCGGUUACAUCGUCGACGAAUCUGUAUUAUAACACGUAUACCUGAUAUACGGUUAAUCGAGUACAUUUCCUUGGUCUUUUUUCAUUUGCAGUGUCGGUACAGGGAGACGACGCGAGCUUUCGCGCGUUCGUAGCAAGAAGGGAUUAAUUGUUUCAAGACGUUUGUAUAGAGAGGAUACGUCGGAUGAGAAACUAAGUACUUUGCAACGACGUGUAUCGAAGAAGCUGAGAAUCUCAUUGUCGAUAGAAAAGAAAAAAAAAAGGAGACGUUGCAUUAUUAGAUCAGCCGAUGUGGUUCGCGUGUACGCAGAGAAGGAAGAAGCUAGUAUCUCCUGUCGUUCAAGAUGAAAGGAGCCUCGUGCAGUCUUUGCAAUUAUUCUGUACACGUGUUUCGUUGAACGCGCAACUAUCGCUGUAAAAGGUUUGGCAAAAUCGGGAAAGACGUCGUGUUCCCGAUCAUUGUCGUUUUUUUUCGCCGAUCGAUCGGUAUCGAUGAUGCCGCUGUUCAUGUUCGUCGGGAUGCUCCGGGAAGCCGUAGACACGAAUCGUAGAUUGUAGUUGUGCGUACGAUUCUACAAAGUUUCUAUUUAAAGAACAAGCAAUAAUUUUACGCUGAAUACGUCGAUCGAAAUUUCAUUUUGACGUGCCUGUUUAUCUAACGAAGAUAUUAACGUACUAUAAUCACAAACAGGAAGAGGUGAUAGUAUUUUUGUUGCCACUUGUAAAUAAACUCUUAAACGAAUAA